AUGCCUCUCCAGAUACUCUGCACCGUGUCCUUCUCCAGCGAGGACGGGCCGACAGAGGCGGCGAGGGCAGAGGCUGGAGCGGACGGGUUCCUGUACGGGCAGGAUGAGGAUGACGAGGAGCAGCCGGAGAGCACGGGGGCAGCGACGGACCUGGUGGCCUUUGCCAGCAGCUGCACGCUGCACGGGCUGAGCCACAUCUUCGUGGAGGGCAGCCUGGGAGCUCGGCAGAUGCUCUGGGCGCUGGCUUUCCUCCUCUCCCUCUCGGUCUUCCUCUACCAGGUGGCGGAUCGCAUCGCCUACUACCUGGAGUACCACCACGUCACGCUGCUGAGCGAGGAGGACAGCCCCGCGAUGACCUUCCCCGCCGUCACCUUCUGCAACGUCAACCGCCUGCGGGUCUCUCAGCUCACCCAGCAGGACCUGCUUUACCUGGGCCCCCUGCUCAACUACGAACCCGGCAUGGAGCUGGGUUUUAGCCCAGCUCAGCCUGACCCCUGGCAGGAGGACGAGCCCCUCGAUCUGUUUGGGUUCUUUAACCGCAGUUGCCACCGGCUGGAGGACAUGCUGCUGAGCUGCAGCUACCGCGGCGAGCGCUGCGGCCCCGGCGACUUCGCGGCGGUCUUCACCCGCUACGGGAAGUGCUACACCUUCAACGCGGGGCAGGACGGGAAGCCCCGGCUCAUGACCAUGAAGGGAGGCACCGGCAACGGGCUGGAGAUCAUGCUGGACAUUCAGCAGGACGAGUACCUGCCAGUGUGGGGGGAAACAGACGAGACCUCGUUUGAAGCCGGGAUCAAGGUGCAGAUCCACAGCCAGGACGAGCCCCCACUGAUUGACCAGCUGGGCUUUGGGGUGGCUCCCGGCUUCCAGACCUUCGUGUCCUGCCAGGAGCAGCGGCUCAUCUACCUGCCUCCUCCCUGGGGCGACUGCAAGGCCGUGGCGGGCGACUCGGAGUUCUACGACACGUACAGCAUCACGGCGUGCCGCAUCGACUGCGAGACGCGCUACCUGGUGGAGAACUGCAACUGCCGCAUGGUGCACAUGCCAGGAGAUGCCCCUUACUGCACCCCGGAGCAGUACAAGGAGUGCGCGGACCCUGCCUUAGAUUUCCUGGUGGAGAAGGACAACGAGUACUGUGUGUGCGAGAUGCCCUGCAACGUGACCCGCUACGGCAAAGAGCUCUCCAUGGUGAAGAUCCCCAGCAAGGCUUCUGCCAAGUACCUGGCCAAGAAGUACAACAAGUCUGAGCAGUACAUCGGGGAGAACAUCCUGGUGCUGGAUAUCUUCUUCGAGGCUCUGAACUACGAGACCAUCGAGCAGAAGAAGGCCUAUGAGGUGGCUGGUUUGCUGGGUGACAUUGGGGGGCAGAUGGGGCUGUUCAUCGGGGCCAGUAUCCUCACGGUACUGGAGCUCUUCGACUACGCCUACGAGGUGAUAAAGCACCGUCUGUGCCGGAGGGGAAAGUGCCGCAAGAGCCACAAGAGGAACAACACGGACAAGGGCGUCGCGCUGAGCAUGGACGACGUGAAACGCCACAACCCCUGUGAGAGCAUACGUGGCCACCCUGCAGGCAUGACGUACGCAGCCAACAUCCUACCUCACCACCCCGCCCGGGGCACCUUCGAGGACUUCACCUGCUAA